AUGGAUUUGUUGGAUAAAAUCAGUUGCGAAGAUAAGGAACUAUUGAAACGAAGUUGGUCCGUGCUUGACAAGAAUAUAAACGACACUGCGUACUGUAUAUUUGAUAUGAUAUUCUGUCAGAGUCCAGAUACUAAACAGCUCUUUCCCUUUAUGAAGAUUAGAACAAUUGCUGACAAUAAACGAUCAAGGGAGAUGGAAUUUCACGCUUUGAGAUUCAUGCAGGUUUUGGAAUCUGUUGUUAAGGCAAUUGAUAAUCCUAAAUCGCUUGAUCCGCUCUGCGAUAACCUCGGUGUGUUCCUCCAUCAGCAUUUUUAUUUUAUAAAUUUUGUGUCUUAUCAACAUUUCUCUAGUCCCCUUCAGUAGAU